AUGCUUCGUUAUGGUCAAUCGUACCAUUCUCAAGGUUUCAAACUACGCAUUAUUUAUGCCUCUAUAACAAUAAAGGUUGAAGGCCCAGCACUUUGUAUGGAUUCUAUGGAUUCCCACGAUGCGUGGGCUAUGACUUCCGACCAAAAGGCAUAUUACUUGGCGCAAUUUCUUCGUCUUCAACCUAAUCCCUCUGGUUUCCUAAGUGGUCAAGCUGCUAAAGCUUUCUUUGAGCUCUCCAAGCUUCCUGUCAGCAAUUUGUCUCAGAUCUGGUAA